AUGCAGACUGCUUCUACAAACAUUUGUGAAAGACUGUGCAAUAAAUCCAUCCAUGAAAUUUCCUUACUACUAAAUAUUCCACGGUUCACUGUUAGAGGUAUUAUAACAAAGUGGAAGCAACUGGGAACAACAGCAACUCAGCCACGAAGUGGGAGACCACGUAUAAUGACAGAAUGUGGUUAGUGCAUGCUGAAGCACACAGUGCGCAGAAGUCAUCAAACAUCUGCAGAGUCAAUAGCUAAAGACCUCCAAACGUCAUGUGGCUUUCAGAUUAGCACAACAAAAAAGUGCAUAGAGAGCUUCAUGGAAUGGGUUUCCAUGAACAAGCAACUGCAUCCAAG